GCUCUUACAACAUCUGAGUAUCGAACAAUUCUCGAGCUCUCAUGAUCCUUCCUUGAGCGCGGGGUUGACAACACAAACACAAACCCACACCCACACCCACUCUCUACUCUCUACUCUCUACUCUCUACUCUCUACUCUCUCCUCUCUCCUCUACUCCUGAUACCACUACCUACGCCCACUCUGUCUCCCACUAUUACUAUUACUCCCACUCUCAUCUGCACUCACUCUCACUUCAAUCCGGCGAAUAAUCCACCCAUUCGUACCCAUACAACAAGAACAAGAACAAGAACAAGAACACCACCAACAUCAUCAUCAUCUCACAGCCAAUAUCGGCCUUGUCACCUUGGGCUGUUUCCACGUCAUGCAAACCCCAGUCUCGCUUCUGUCGCCCCUUGGCUACAGUAACAAUAGUUGUGGAUAUUGUCAUAAUGAUUCAGGCAGUUAUUCGUACUACGCUAGAACUCAAACGCUCCAACCAGAAUUUUAUCAAGGACUUCUCGAUCGAGGAUGGAGACGUUCAGGUAGCCUUCUCUACAAACCCGAUCUUCGAAAAUCAUGUUGUCCACAAUAUACCAUCCGUCUAGAUUCCCACCAAUUUCGCCCGACAAAAGAUCAACGGCAAGUAGUAAAUCGUUUCAACAAAUAUGUUCUCGGAGAUACAUAUACGAAAGAAGCCGCAAGAUUAUAUCCCAAAUCACGCGAGCAAGCUAAGAAACGUAACACGGACUUUGAUCUCGAGGAAAGAAUUCAUGAAGGGGAAAAGGGAAGAGUUAAGACACCACCGGAACCAGCACAUGCUUUUACUGUUACGUUGGAAACAGAUGAGUUCACAGAGGAAAAAUACACUCUCUUUGAAAAUUAUCAACGGAUUGUCCAUCAUGAACCUCCUGAUAGAAUAAGUAAAGGCGGUUUCAAGAAUUUUCUCUGCUCUUCCCCUUUACCACGAAGUACCACAACCAUCGACGGCAAAACCAAACAUCUAGGUUCCUAUCACCAAUGUUACCGUCUAGAUGGAAAGUUGAUCGCAAUAGGCGUCCUGGAUCUCCUCCCUAAAUGCGUCAGCGCGGUCUAUUUCAUGUAUCACGAAUCGGUACAUUCUCACGGAUUUGGAAAAUUAGGCGCAGUGCGAGAGAUUGCACUAGCAAAAGAAGAGGGCUACCAAUAUUGGUAUGCAGGGUUUUAUAUCCACACCUGUGUGAAAAUGAGAUACAAGGGAGAUUAUAGUCCUCAAUAUAUUCUAGAUCCGGAAACAUACAAUUGGGCACUCUUUGAUGAAGAUCUGAGGGGCAAAUUUGACGAGAGGAAAUAUGUCAGCGAGACUCAAACCCCAGAGUCAAAUAACACACAAGAUGAAGAUCCUUCGGCUCCCUACGACACAGGCAGUAAACCCAUCUUCGAAACAUCCAUGCCGGGACUCCUUUCUAAAUCAGACAUUCUAACGAAAUCCCCGCUCGAUCAUGUUAAAAUUCGCAUCAGACAAAGUGUGCACAAAACUCAUGAGCUGGUGAGUUGGGAAAAUGAUAGUGUAGGGGAUGUGAAUAGUCUGAAGGGGAUUAUUGCAGAGUUGGUUAGUGCGGUGGGGGUGAGAUUGGCGGGGGAAAUGGUGGUUUAUUUUCGUUAAGGGGCGUGGAUUUGAGGGCUGAUGGUUGACAGAGAGUUUGUAUUAUAAGUUAUAGGGAAGGGUGAGGAGAAGGGGAGGGUUGAAUGAGCCGAAUGCUUUAGAUUCUAUAGAUCAAUGAGUUAUGGGAAAAUUCAAUACAAUGAUUACGAUUAACA